CAACCUGCCGGGCUCCUCCUUUGCCCGGGCCCAACCUUCGAGUUUCCUUCCAGUUCACUCUCUGCAGCUGCUGGGAGUCCUCUUGCACUGCAUACGCAACUCCGUAGAGGCCUUGCCCGGCGCCCAGUGUGGUGACAGUUCCGUGAAGCUGCUGAGGCAUUGAGAAGAGAGCCUGGACACAUUCCUCACCCCAAGUGAGCCCAGCAAGGAAAGAGAACCAUGGCUGUUCCAUCGUGACCCUGCAUGUAAGGAAAGAAAUUACUCAAGAAAAGCUCCUGUUUGUGUCAACCGUACUUAGUGCGCCUUAAGAGGGAGGGGCUGUGGUCCAAAUCCCCCCAUCCCCAUUGCUGGUUUCACAGCAGUGAGAAAGAUCCUUUGUUCGGUGUUACAGCUGCUUAGCUGCAAACAUCCCAGCCAUGUUAAGCCUCUGAGGCAAUAAGGAAGAGUUAGGGCUGGCAGAGUUCCCCCUCCUUUACCCGUGCCACCCGCAGGAACUCACCAGCUGGCAGAGUCACACUGGCAGCUCAGUGUCUCUCCCCAUGGCUGGUUCCUCACCGGCAGGAAGAGGGCCGGGACAGAGAGUUGCCAUGGAUCAUGUGGUUUCUGCUGCUCACUCACAGCUGUGGCUUCCUGUUAAGACUGCAGCAGCGCUGUUGUGUGGACAGUGAGACAUUUCUUCAUGUGCUCAGCAAUUUGCCUAAUCCAAACAGCAAGAGAAAUAGCUGACAUCCUCCUUCAAGCCUGAGUUACAUUUUCCGCAGAGAUUUUCUCCCUCCAGGUGCCAUUGAGAGAGGCAACCAGGGCCGUUAAUAAGCGACCACAAGAUCUAAUGACCAAGUGCUACCAAGGCUGAAGAACCAGAAUGCUAUGGUUCACCUGGAGAUCUAGUCCGUUGGCAGGUCUGGAAGAUCUUGUAGCUGAACAAAAAAUGGAUCUAUAGGAUUCUUGCUCCUUUUGCUGCUCCAGACCAAACGUUGUGAAUUUUAAAAAGGAAACCUGACCAACCUGGACCAUACAAACUUAAGCAGGAGGAGUUUGGCCAACAAAACGAGAGAGUAAGCAGGAGAGCCAUGGAACCUGCGUUGCUUAAUCCUUCGCAAACAAGAUGCGGGCAGGGCUCAGCCUAGUUGGACCAUUCCUGGAAGUUUCCAUGGUGAAUGCUAGAAUGGAGCACUCUGGACCACCCCAUAGCUCAGACCUUAUGAACUUCCUGGCGAAUUAUGGAAGUGGAGAGCUGAGCUGUGAAACUGGAGGUAGCUUGGGGGAGGCCCAGGACCUGCCUGUGCCUUCUGAAACUUUCCAAAGUGAAGUGAGGCCUCCCCCUUCCCUCUCAUAUAUUGAGAACUUAGAUUUCAUGCAGGAGAGCUUGGAGGGAGCCAGGAGCAAUCCUGAAACGCCUGCUGAGAAACCCUUUUCAGCAUUGGCUCCUACUUGCACUGCAGGGCCUUCCCAGUGUAUGGCUCUCUCCUGUGAGAAAAUGGAGCAACCUCAGAGAGAAGAUUUUCACUCAGAAAACUUGAAAAAUCAGGACAAAAGCAGCGAUGAUACCACGCAGGCACUGUUCUGGGCCAGUAUCCUUCAAGCCCAGAUGUGUGUCAUGGACCUUCAAGGAGAGAUUGACAGGCAGAAGGAGCCAGAGAAAAUUGCCUAUCUUAGUCCCGAGAAGGUUCCAGCAACACCUGUAUCCCAGGACUUGAUGGACUCUCAUGAGCCUUUGCACCUGGACAGUGAGAGUGAGGAGUCAGAGGGGUUAUCGGAGAGGUUGGAGGAACAGGAAGGCUCCUCCGAAGGGGAAGACGAAGACGAAGAGGUGGAAUACUUGUUUUACGACAAUCCACUCUUUCAGGAGAAUCCUCACCCAACCAGAACCACCAGUUUUGAAGGACAAACCUUGUGGGGCCAUCCAGAGGGAAGGACUUCCGUCGAAGAUGAGGAGGGAAUACUGGGCAGUGGGCUGGUUUCUAAAAAACAGGAUAAUGUCCUAUUUUACCAAACUAGUGUUACAACAAGCCCUGAGGCCCUGGACACUCCCUCUCUACCUGACCUGACCUCAUGCCCCAUCCCAGCCUAUAUGCCUCAUUACCGCUCCUUCUCUCCUUUGGUGAUUACAGAAGGGGAUUUGGAAAGCGAUUGCCCCACAGAAGAGAACAUAGAGGUCCAAGGAUGCUUUGCAGACCAACAGGCCAAUUCUCACCCUGGAAGUGUUUCACCUGCAGGUGCCAACCAUGCUGCAGAUUCCUCAGGUGAAGGCCUGCUGUUUUCUGCCUCCAAUACCUCCCUUCUGUCAGUGUUGCUGCAGGAGCCCAAUGAGAACCACCAGCCCCCAUCUCCUGUGGAGAUCAGAGGGACUCCUCCUGCCACCCAGGUCUUCUCACUCCCUGAUGCAGAGUCAAGUCUGUGGCAGGAGAAAUUCAAGCCGCAAGCUCAAUCCUGCAGCCCUCUGGCCUCUUCCUGCGCAAGGGUGGAGGAGCCUGAAAGAACUUCCUGUCUGCAGGAGGAAGUCGCUUCAUCAGAUUUGCACUUGGUCUCGUUUGGAGGUGUAGACAGGAAGCUAGAAAACCCAGCGGAGGGGCUUGAGAUGGUGGAAGUGCCCACUGUGCAUGGUGAUGAGAUCUUGGAAGAGGAGGAGGAAGAGGAGAAGACUGAAGCAACCCCACGUUGCUCUGAAGAACCUGCUGGAGUACCCAGCCAAACAGGGGAGAUGCCACACGCCAAGGAGCCAGCAGAACCCAAUGGUUUUCUCCUCACAAAUGGCACUUCUGGAGACCGGGCUGCGGCACAGCGGCUAGCAGCACGACUCUACCACUUGGAUGGGUUCAAGAGGUCGCAGGUGGCAUCCUUUCUCCGGAAGAACAAUGAAUUCAGCAGGAUGGUAACCGAGGCCUACCUCUCGUUCUUUCAGUUUGGUGGACUGACUGUGGACAAAGCUCUGAGGUUGUUCCUGAAGGCUUUUGUGCUUACAGGGGAGACUCAGGAACGGGAGAGGAUCCUCAGGCACUUCUCCCAGCGUUAUCACUGUUGCAACCCUGAAGCUUUCCUCACACCUGAUGCUGUGCACACCCUCACCUGUGCCAUCAUGCUCCUCAAUACUGAUUUACAUGGGCAGAAUAUUGGCCGGAGCAUGACCUGUCAAGAUUUUGUGGCCAACCUUAAUGGCAUGAACAAUGGCAGCAACUUCCACAAAGAACAAUUAAAGGCCCUGUAUUAUUCCAUCCGCAAUGAAAAACUGGAAUGGGCUGUGGAUGAGGAAGAGCAGUCCAGCACCCUGAUACCUCCACCCACCGGAUCCAUCCGGAAGAAAAGCAAUCCUUUCCUGACUCUCAACCAUGAUCCUGGUGCUAAAGUGUACCAUCAGGGUUUCCUCACUCGCAAGGUGCACGCUGAAGCUGAUGGCAAAAAAGCACCAUGGGGGAAGAGAGGCUGGAAGACAUUCCACACUGUGCUGAAAGGGAUGGUUCUCUAUUUCUUCAAGGAUGAGAACCGGCUGGAUACGCUGAGCUCAGAGGAUCCCAUUGGGGUGCAUCAUGCCCUGGCGGAGAGAGCCAGCAAAUACACCAAGCGGCCCAACGUCUUUCGGCUCCAGACGGCUGACUGGCACAUCUUCCUCUUCCAAGCACCGACUCCAGAGGAAAUGAAUUCAUGGAUUUCCCGCAUCAAUCUUGUGGCUGCCAUGUUCUCCUCCCCACCGUUCCCAGCGGCGGUAGGCUCUCAACGGAAAUUUGUGCGACCAAUCCUCCCAACUGCCACCUGCAAGAACUCCCUGGAGGAUCAGCACCUGGCCCACGAGGACUGGAUGGACAAAAUCUCAGAUGAGCUCCUAGAGCAUCAGCGAAACCUCCCAGACAAGCGUGGGCGUAGCCGGGACCUGGAGGAGUAUCAACUCAAGAAGGAGUAUUUGCUGUAUGAGAAACGAAGGUACGAAACCUAUGUGAGGCUGUUGGAGGUGAAGCUCACCAGUGCCAGUGAGGAUCUUGACCAGUGGGAGGCGCAGCUGCAAGCAGCCAGCGUGGCCGACGAUGAGAAUCCCAGCCUGAAGAAGUCACACUCCAGCCCCUCCCUGAAUGCAGAUGGGCCACCCACCGAGAUCAAGGUGAAGAGAAAUAUCUCAGAGCGCAGGACAGUGCGGAAAAUCAUCCCCAGGCGCAACAAGCAUUUGCUGUGACCCCCCCCCCCUUCCCCCAAAGCUGCCCUGCCUGAGCACUUGUUUCACACAGACUUCUGGGCGUGGUUCCUGCUCGGGGCAGGAACAUUAAAUGGUACAAAGGGGAACCGCUGCUUUCAAACCAAGGCAUAUCCGCACUUCCAGUAUUUGGCCACCAGAUGGUGCUGCACCACAGGAAACGGAGACUGGCAGAGACUCAUAAGACUGGUGGUGGGGUGGCAGGCCCCCUCCCAUACAGUGUGAAUGCUCCCUGUGGGUUGUCUCUGAUCAAGUUUAAAGCAUUGGCCCUUCUUAAGCCUGUAAGUUGUAGAGAUGCUGUACUCAGGGAAAGUGCCCCGCUUGCGGGGAGGGGAAAAGCCCUUCUCUGCAUUCUUUAUUCCUCAUCCCGAGCUUCAUAUCACUUCUUUGUUUCUCAGUUGCUGUAGGGGCAGACGGGACCUUGGUGCAAUAAAUGUAAACAGGCAUG